UCAUAUACUGCAGAUUACAAGCUGGACGUAGUGAAAUAUGCAGCAGAGAACGGCAAUCGAGCAGCAGAAAGAAAGGACAUACCAGAGGCGACACCGGGGAGGAAGAUUUCAUGGGAUUUAGCGAUCGGGAGUGACAGAUUGUUUGGUAAUCCAGAAUGUAUCAUCUUGCUUUUCUUUCCGGACUGCUGGCGUUUGCCUCUUGUUUACCUUGUGAUACUUCUGGAUCAAACCGUGAGCUGCUGCUUUCUUUGAAUAAAGAUCUUCUUCGAUCCCUAGAGGGACAGGACGAGCUCCCUAAUCCCAGUGUCCACCUGGCGUUACGACUGUCAGAUACCCACAACCUUCCAAAAGAGGAGCAACACUUGAAUAGACUGAAAAAUAGUUUACACAACAACAUUCAAAGCCUUCUCUCCGACAGCCACCCUGUGGUUGGGAGCUUGGCGUUAUACACUCUGGCCUUGAAAUCCUCGUGCUAUGACCUCAACACAAUCACCUUCACCGUCGGUGACAAGAUUGAGACGCUGCUGACGCACCUCAAGAAGGAGCUGGAACAAGAGAAAGAAUACAUUUCAUUCAGCCAACGCCCUUUGACCAACUAUUACCAGUACUCACUGGGAGUGCUCGCGCUGUGCGUGAGCGGCAUCAGGGUCAACAACCACGUCGCCAACAAACUCAUCAAGGCAGUGGAACUUGAACACUUCACACAUGGAGACAUCGAGAGCAUCGAUACUUACGCAAUGGCGGCAAUGGCCCUGCAAUGCGUGAAGAAUGCUGGUUCCUAUGUGCACAAUACUGCCGAGCUUGAGGCGGCCCUGAUGAAGAUCCAGCAAAAGCUUUUGGCAUCACGAAGGCCCGAUGGUCACAUGGGCAAUGAGUUCAGCACAGGCCUUGCCGUACAAGCUUUACUGGCCAUGGGCAGCCUGGUGUCCGAGUGCGCUGCUUCAAUGGAGGCCCUGAGGAGGGAUGCUCGAGGCAACACGUACCACAACCCUAUGGCCAUAUCUCAGCUCCUGCCCGCUCUCCUGCAGAAAUCCUACUUGGCAGUUCAGAGCAAGGACUGCCUCAAUGAAGACAACACUCUGGUUCUUGAGCCCAUCGACCCCGUGGAGGUUCUUCCCAGUGACACCAAAGUGGCAGUGAUGUUGGAAGUGGUGCCAACCAGCGGGACAUCUUCUGUUUACCACCUGGAUGUGCCAAAGGGAAGCUCUCUGUUAGAGGCCCUCCAACUCCUCAAGGGGAAAAAUGUUGGCUUCACGUUUGAGAAGGAAUCGAGCUUGUGGGGACCCUUUUUAAGUGUGGUGAAUGGGGAGCGGGCCAGGCAGAGCGAUCGUAGAUACUGGCACCUCUCAUCUGAUGGCACUGCUCUCACUGAAGGUAUCGGUGAUUUCAAAAUUGAAAUGGCUCAAAAGGUCACUAUCAAAAACACAAGCUAUUGAUAAGUGCGCCGUCAUCAAUCAAAACUGAUCGAUUUGGAUUAAAAGCAGCUUUGAUUUGUUCCAACUCUUAAUUGUUGUAACUGAUGAUUGUACGGAAAUGGUCAGUCUGUGAAUGUUUCCAAUGCAAAAAAGGAAGUGUUAAUGUUUUUUUUAUAGGUUGUUCAAUAAAUUGAAAAUGUCCA